CACCUCCUUGGUCACAUGUUAUCAGCUGUGCCUCAGCAUAUCCGCAUAACUUGGGACUGUUUACAAUCAGAACACAGAAUGGGGAGCCCUGAAUGAGCAGAACAGAUAAGCCUGCAUACUUCCUGUGUCCCGGGAAAGGAGAAACACAACAUUGUGACUGUCCUGUUGGGUGGGGGUCAUGCAGCACCCUAACUUUGAGACACGCCACCCUCUCCAGGUUGAGGGAGAACAAGAGACUGGCUUUGACCCUCUCAACAACUACAACAGGAACCGCAGCCGUGGAGGAUCCCUGGACAGCAACACUCUGUCCUAUUCCGAAUCAGAGUCCAUCCUCCUCUCAUACAGGAAAGAAUGGGAUGACCUGUUUCUGAACAGUAAUUACCUGGCCAGGAUCCGGCAGACGGGCAUCAAUGGUCGAUUGCGGAGCAGCCGAUUCCGUAGUGUUUGCUGGAAGUUGUACCUGGAGGUCCUUCCUGAGGAUAAGAGCCAAUGGAUCAACAAGACGAAGGAGCUCCGAGCCCAGUACGAGAGGAUCAAAGAGACGCACAUCACCAACCCCCGCAAAGCUGCAGGCCAGCAGGACCUGGUGGUCAACAACCCACUCUCCCAGGAUGAGGGGAGCCUGUGGAAUAAGUUCUUCCAGGACAAAGAGCUCAGAGGAAUGAUCAAACAGGAUGUGAUGAGAACCUUUCCUGAGAUGCGUUACUUCCAGGAAGAGGACGUGAGGACCAAGCUGACGGACAUCUUGUUCUGUUACGCCCGGGAGAAUGAACAGUUACUGUACAAACAGGGAAUGCAUGAGUUGUUGGCGCCUAUCGUGUUUGUCCUACACUGUGACCAUCAGGCCUUUCAGCAUGCUAGUGAGACAGCCCACCCCAGUGAGGAGAUGCUGUGUCUGCUGAAUCCUACGUUCCACGAACACGAUGCAUAUGCGAUGUUCUCCCAGCUUAUGGAUACAGCGGAACCCUGGUUCUCCAGCUUCGAGAGGGAAGUCAGAAGGGGUAAAGAGGAGAUGAUGACCAGCAUGCCGUUCGCCCGGCCGCAGGACUCCGGGCCGUCUGUUGCCAUAGUGACCAAAGUGAACCGCAUCCAGGACCAGCUGGUGAAGAAACAUGACGUUGAGCUGCACAUGCACCUAAACCGCCUGGAGAUCGCCCCGCAGAUAUACGGCAUUCGGUGGGUGCGCCUGCUGUUCGGCCGGGAGUUUCCCCUGCAGGACCUCCUGGUGGUGUGGGACGCCCUGUUCGCUGACAGCAUCACUCUUGACCUGGUGGACUACGUCUUUGUAGCUAUGCUGCUUUACAUCAGAGACGCAUUGAUAGCAAGUAACUUCCAGACCUGCCUGGGCCUUCUGAUGCACUACCCAACUAUAGGAGACAUCCACUCUCUACUACACAAGGCUCUGUUCCUCCGAGAUCCCAAGAACAAUCCUCGGCCCGUCAACUACCAGUUCCAACAAAAUCUAGAAUACUACAAGACCAGAGGGGCUGACCUGGUCAACAAGACCUGUGCCAGUGCAAGUGCCAAGAGUGUUCCUCUGAACAUCAACAAGGUGUCCAGCAGUCUACUCAGCUUCGGGAGGAAGCUCAUCCCUGCCAUGUCCGGAGGUGGCUCCUCUGGCAUCUCUCCAAUCAACAGCGAGGUCCUGUCUGCCACCUCCCCCAUCACUGUAGCCCCCCGCCCCCAGGCUGACCCCCUGUCUGGCCACGCCCCGCUGCAGACGAAGACGCACCUUCAGGCCCAGCAGCAUCGCCUUCUCAAGUCCGAGAGCAUGCCUGUCCACCUGAGCAAAGAUGUAGUUUCAGCUGGAGGCUCUCAGGUCUCUCUCCCCACCCAGAUUUUCUCUGACACACAAGGCCAAUCCUCCAGGACAGUUAGCUCCUCCCCCAGCAUAGAGAGCCUCUCUGGGGGGCGGGGUCAUGCCACAGCAUCCCCACCUCUUCCGGUCUCAAGGGGAAGUGACAUAAGCGCCUCGUCCCCACCCCUCUCGGCCACCAAGAAGGACUCUUUCUUCAGCAUCAGUCGCUCACGCUCCCACAGCAAGACCAUGGGCAAGAAGGAAGCAGAGGAGGAGUUGGAGGCUCAGGUGUCUUUCCUACAGGGUCAAAUCAAUGACCUGGAGGCCAUGAGCAAGUACUGUGCCAAGAUGAUGAGCACUCACAUCGGUAAGAUCCAGGAGGUGAUUCUGCAGGAGCACCUGGAGAAGGAGGACGAGGUGCUGGUUUCACUGGCCGGGCUCAAACAGAUUAAGGACAUCCUCAAGGGGGCGCUGCGUUUCAACCAGAGCCAGCUGGAGGCCGAGGAAAACGAGGAGAUCACUAUCGCCGACGACCACUAUGACCAGGCCUCCAACGCCGCCGCUGCUGUCGCCCGGCAGAACCAAACCGGCAGUCAGGUGGACGACCACCCGUACCUGGCUGCUCCACAGCGCGGCGACGGUGAUGGAGAACAGGAUGACAGAGGAGAAGAGGAGGUGGAGGAAGAGGAUGAGCACGCCCCAGCAGAGCAACAGGAGUCCCCCCCUCAGUCGUCUGCCGGCUCGGAGGGGAAGAACUGGGACGACUACAUCCUGGUCUCGCAGGACGGAGAGCUGCAGCCCAGUGAGGGUGGGGCCGAGACGACCCCUCCAAUCAGACGGCUCCGCGGCUCCGUCAGGGUAGAGCCGGAGGGUGUGGGGACAUUCCAGGACCCCCUGAUUGGUGCGGCGUCAGGCUCCUCCAGCCCAGAUGAGGGCAGCACUCACAGCAAAGACUCCGACUUCACCAUGGUCAACCCCCAAGACCUGUGAGGGACCUGUGUACGGGGCGGGCGUUUAACCUAACCGCAGGUCUGGGGUCAGUUUACCCUCCUCUAAUCCUCACCUUAACCAUUAGGGGUGAGAAAUGCACAUCUGACCUUAGAGCAGUGUCUAGCGCGUAACCUCAGCCCAGCCUGGAUUGGGUCGGGUCCUAAAGGGGAACCCAGCGGGACACACCAGCCACCGCUGGAUCAAACAGAAGACGAGUGGACCGAAAUAAUACGGCUGUCAGCAGAAACCAAUAACUAAUCGGUUCUCUCAUAGUCUCUGACAACGCGACCUCUUUAACCGGCUCUGUAUUCCUUCCGGAAUACCCUCUACUCUCCCCUGAAGUAUGUACCCUUAUGCUUGGGCGGUUAUUUAACCCUACCUCUGACUUUGUGGCGAUACACAUUUUUGCCACAAGAGGGCGCCGCUAGACAGCUCACCACCGGUAAGCCCUCGAGCUGAAUUUCAUAAUGCAUUUAUCAUUGUGGACUACGCUUUUGCCUUCUCAAUGUACUAUGGGAGGGAAGGGUAGCACUCAUGGCAGAACCCAGAGCUGUCUCACCCCACACCUGUCUUUCUGUCUGGGUCUGUCUACCCCCCAAACUUCUCAUUGUCCUUUAACUGUUCCGAGACUGAAAUUGCUCUUAACCGCAGAUUUAGGAUCUGAUUCCCAAAUUAGUCCUACACCUUUCGGGGUAGGGGGUCAAACAAUCUGAUCCUACAUCAGCAGUUAUAAAUAUAACUCCUUCAACUUUAACCAGUGCCUGGAAACCAUUAUGACAUUUACUCUUCUUUUGAUCUUUAUGUUUUGUUUUAAAGAUACAAUUUUAACCUAAUGAAGCUGCAUUACAUGGUGAAAAUUAAAUUAUGGCAAACAGAUUAUUUUUUUUCUUUUUUAAAUCAAUUCAAUGUGAACAUUUUUAUGUAUGUAGUAAUAACAGAUUUUCAUUAUUUCAGAUGUCCUUCUAUUUAGUUCUCUUGCUUCCUGUGGUAGCCAAGUAUAGCAUUGCACACAAGGGAUUUCCCUCUUGCAAAGAUGUUAUUAACUGUAGACCAAUAAAAGCAUUGCUCUUGCUUCAGUA